AUGUCGCAACCACCAGCGUUCAACCUGACCCCGUUGGACCACCAGCUGUUGGCCAUGACCGAUGAGGAAUUUAUCGCCCAUAGCUGGGAUGACCUACGCGAUAUUAUUGCGCGGAAUGAUCUCGGCGCCCUCAAGCGUAAACCUUCCGAUUUACGCCGAUAUCUCGCCUGGUCGGCCGAAACCAAAGCCAAAUAUGGCUCUAUGAUGAACUAUAUCUGCCAGGAGCGGCUUCGCUGGGCUUCCCCGGUGCAUCCAGCACCGGCAAAUGGCGCCCCCAACGGAACCCCCAACGGCGCUUUACCCGCGGCUAUUCCAAGUGGGCCUAUUCCAUUCACAAACCCGCGCCCAUUUGCCGAUCCCGAGGACUACAAGAUCUUGCGCAACGACUGGCCCUACGGCUUGGACCCCGGCAUUCAUCAUCUCGUCGUCUGGCUGCGGACUCCGAUCCCUGUAAAGUCGGAAGAGGGUCAUUUGACGGACGAGUCGCGGGCGCUGAUUGAGGAAUUCGUGCAGAAGACCUUUGUACAGCGGUUGGCUGAGGAUGCUGGGAAGAGGUUCCCGGAUCCCGGGGCUCAGGUGCUGUGGUUUAAGAAUUGGGUUGGCUUGCAGAGUGUGCGAGCUUUGGAGCAUGUGCAUAUUCUGGUCAGGGAUGUUCCUGAAGAGAUUCUGAUCGAGUGGUCAGGUGAAAACCCCCAGUCAUAG